UUAAAUGCAGUGCUGGCUUUCCCGCGCUAUAACGUGUCGCGUACAUACAGCUAUAAUUAUAAUUAAAAAAAAUCAAUUUUUCAGUCACUCAAAUGCCAAAACAUUUGAACCAAGAAACUCAGUUACCAUAGCAACGCGUAUAAACAAAACGCAAAACCGUCGUAGCAUUAUUGCUAAAAAUGUCGAAUCUGAGCGGAUACGAUAGUGAAGCGACCGGUUUCGACUCCAUAACUAGAACUAAAACCUCUGAAUCUGACAGCGGAACUCAGACUAGUGAAUUUCGUGAAGUAGGAUCUUCAUCACAAACAAACAUAUCUGUUGACAUCGGCUGCAAUGUCACUCCUGAUGAAUUGACCGCCACAGACUAUACCUUGAAGGAAUACCCACCUCCUGGACUGAACGAGUUCCUCCGUCGAGUCGUACCAGCUAUGAUAGAGCAAUUAGACCAGAACGACAUACCUGUUGAUAAUUCAUCAGAUUCCGACGACGAGGAAAUCAUCUCCGCGAAAUUAGUCCAGGAAAUAAAUGUUAAAAUUGAACAAUUUUGUAGCGGUGACCACGAAUCGCCUUGCGUGCUUAGCGUAUCCUGGAGCAGCGCUGGUAACUCGCUAGCCGUAUCUAUCGGUUACUCCCACCAUGAAAACUGGUGCGAACAUGAGGGGCAAAUCAGAAUCUUUACAAUUAAACGAUCGGCUGGCGAUAAAUUCGUCCAAACUUUGGAUAUCACAGAAAAGAAUUGCGUUACUGUAGUCAAAUAUCAUCCAUCAGUAACUGCUUUGUUAGCUUACGCUACAAGUUCAGGGGAAGUUGUUAUUUGUAACUUACAGAAUGCGGACUUCCACGGCAGCCAAUUGACUUCCCCAUCUGGUUGUCAUGGGUCUAAAAGAGUUUCUGCUCUGCUCUGGGCGGAUCCUACUCUAGCAAACGUAUUUUUGACUAUGCAAAUAAAGAAUUCGGGCAAGAGACGAGGCGCGUCCGAUCAAAUUCUCUUCUCUUCUGGAAGUGACGGCACUAUAAAUGUUUGGCAGGUUAAUUCCACCACUAAAAUAUUCGAGAACGUCGUCUCUUACUUUCUAAAUGGUUCUAGAAAUAUGAUAGCUCCAGAUAUUACAUGUUUUGACUUCAUAAAAACCUGUCCAUUGCGACCCUCCGAAGAAAAACUACCCGAUGACGUUUUCGUCGCUGGAACUAAGUCUGGGGCCUUGUACCUUUGUAGAAGUAAUUCGUGUCGGCAGAUCGCUGAUAGCAGUAUGCUAGAUCCAGUAUACGAAGUGCUGGAUGGACAUGCUACUUGCGUUUUGGAGGUGGCGUUCAGUUUCCAGAGACCUGCAGUCUUCGCUUCCGUGUCUAUAGACUCGGAAUUAAAAGUUUAUGAUGUAAACCAAUCAGCUCCGAUAAAAGUACUCUGCCUCGACGUGCCUAUAUCCUGCAUGUGCUGGUUGCCCAACAACCCGAGUGUGGUAGUCCUGGGGUUGAACGGCGACCCCCACAGGAAACACUCACUGACAGUUUACAACGUGUCGUGCGGACGCGCGGUGCCCGUCGACGGGUUUGUCGGAGAGAGUACGGUUACAUCGCUUAUUGUUCAUCAGAGUGGAUCGUGCCGCAUAGCUGCAGGCGACGCUAAAGGAACUGUACGCGUUUGGGAGCUGCCCUCGCGGAGAAUUCGAGUCUCAUCCGAGGCUUUAGAGGUCUAAUUUGUACAGCAUGUUAAUAUAUAUUUUCUAGUACCCAUAACACAAGCUCUGUUUAGCUUGGGACUAGAUGGCGCUGU